GAGGUGUAGUUGGACAAUGCUUCAGAUUCUUCGCGUAAACGUUCUUCGACUGCGGCCAAGGAUGGAAGUGUUCGACGGGAACUACAAAUUCUACCACACUUUGAUGUGCCUCACCGGCCUCUGGCCCUACGACAAAUCCAUCCUGACGUACAUUCAGAGAUUCGUUGUUCUCGUGAUGACCUUCACCUGCAUAGCGAGCCAGAUGACAUUUGUGUUCGACAAUAUGCAGAGAGAUUUUUCUCAACUGAAAGAUCCAGUCGAAUUGAAGAUAUUAUUGGAAGAUUCGAUAGUAGCAAAGCGCAUUGUCCAGGCUUAUUUCGAAACCGUAAAACGUGUCGCGCGAAACGUUCGCACUUCUGUCGAAGGAAGCGUAACCGAGACUGCCUUUCCCGUGUCACAGUUUUUCAUAAGCAUCACGGAGUCGAACGACAGGGAUGCGGUGAUGCUAAGCGUGCACUUUGUUAUGGCGUACACCACGUUCAUUUGCGGGAACAAUUAUAGCGGGCAACUGGUGUUGGACAGCAGCGGUGAACUUUUCCGGGAAACAUACAAUUCGUUAUGGUACCGUAUACCAGCAAAGAUGCAAAAGCUGGUGUUAUUCUCAUUGAUGAGAAGUCGGUCGGACGUAGCGUUCAAUCUUGCCGGUUUGUUCACUCCGUGUUACGAAGGCUUUACGAUGAUGAUGAGCUCGUCCUUUUCUUAUUUUACUCUACUUUGCUCGGUGUAGUAGAAUUUACGGGAGCAACUGUUGCAGCGGUAUAUAG